AUGGAGGUGUCUGAGGCGUACAAUGUAUCAGCAGUGAAUAUUAGCGAAAAACACGAACGCAGAGGUGCAACUAAGCAUUGUGCUUAUGGUCUUUGUAAAAGUGACUCUAGAUAUAUGGAUAGACAAGGUAUGGAAGGCGUUUUCUUUAUUCGCUUUCCACAAUUUCAUCGUGAACCGGAGAAGUGUACUCGAUGGGCCAAUGCAUGUCGACGAGAGAACUUUACUGCUUUGUCGCUUCAAAAAUUUGUCAGAAGCAGAAAGAGGCCGUUAGUUCGAAAAAAUUUGACAUGGUCCCCAGAACCCAAACGCAAGAAGAGUGAUUUAGGGAAUAUAGACAUUGCUCAGACAGAAGCUGCUAGUGCAACAUCUACUGAGGAUCAUCCCAUUGCUAAAUUAAAUCUUGAUACAGUCCAGGCAGCAGAGGCCUUAUUAAUGCUGCAGAAUUCUGAAAGUGAAGAAGUAAACAUUGUUUCUGAUGGACGGAAAGGACUAGAUAUCCAAGAUCCAAAUUCCAUGUUAAAGAAUUCAUGUGAUGAAGAAACCCAGACAUCAUCUUGUUGCUUAACCUUGAAUGAAUUUUUGGCAUUAAAAUUAGAAAAUUUUGAUUUAAAAAGCAAGAUUUUUGAACUUGAAAAAAAAAGUACACAGUCAAAAUCAUUUUCCAUUGCUGAUGUGAAAGAUGAUGACAAGAAAAUGAUAUUUUACACGGGUUUAACUUAUGGGCAAUUUAUGUGUUUGUGGAAAUUUCUUGGACCAGCCACAAGAAAUCUUUCUAGAAUAAAUAAUAUGAGGAAAUUUGAGCUUACUCCAUCUAAGUCAAGAGGACCAAAGAGAAAAUUGUCACCAGAAGAUGAACUUUUCCUCACACUGGUUAGACUUCGUCUCGGAUUAUUGCAUACUGACUUAGCCUAUCGUUUUGGUGUUUCAGUUAGUACUGUCAAUGAAAUAACUUCAACAUGGAUACAGUUCUUAUAUUUACAGUUUAACAGACUACGAAAUGCUAUGUUUCCAUCUAGAAAAAUAAUUAGCAAGCAUUUACCAAAGUCCUUCAGAAAAUAUAAAAAAGUACGUGUAAUAUUAGAUGCCACUAAGUUUUUUACACAGGUACCUAGAAAUUACGAGCAGCAGGGUAAUCUUUACUCUUCAUAUAAGAAUCAUUGUACUUGCAAAGUUCUGAUAGGAAUAACACCCUCAGGAGCAAUAUCAUUUGUAUCUGAUGUGUAUGAAGGGUCAAUUUCUGAUAAGGAAAUUUUCAAAAAGAGCAAAAUUAUGGAUAAAAUAAAUCCUGGUGAUCUGGUAAUGGUAGAUCGGGGAUUUAAUGUUCGAGACAUUUUGUUGCAGAAAGGUGCCGAUAUUGUAAUCCCACCAUUUUUGGGAAAUAGAACUAAUUUGUCACCACAAGAAGAGGCCCAGACACGUGUUAUUGCAAAAUUACGAAUUCAUGUUGAGAGGGUAAUUGAACGCAUAAAAAAAUAUAAAAUUUGCAAGAAAAUUGUACCUUUGAACACACUGUCAACUUUCUCCCAAACAGUCUUCAUUGUUGCAUGUUUGGUAAACUUUCAGAAACCAAUAGUGAAAUAAAGGUGAUGAAAACUGUUGUAUUUUCAGUGUACAUUUUGAAACUGAGUAAAUUUUAGCAUCAGAAAUUAAUGAAUUUGAAUUUUAAACCAUUUUUUUGAAUUUUCAUGAUUUACUUGAUCUAGUUGGUUUAAUCUUUAACUGAUCAGAAUACCUGUAUGCACAUAUUUACUUAUCUGUGAAUUUGCAAAAUAAAAACAGUACACAAGAAUGAACGAAAACUAUGUUUUAUUAUGUACCGAUGUAAA